UUCAGGGUACAUUUUACCCUCCAGACCCUGCCUCUACUGUAGCCCUCCAGCCUCCCCCUCCUCUUUGUUGCAGGCCGGCAGGUCCACCAGGUUUUUACCCGAAGCAGGAUGACUCCAGAACUCCUCAGCGAGCAGGAGCAGACCCAAAACACUGAGGUGUCAGUGGUGAGGAGAGACGGUGUGUUUCACUCGAUGCUCCGCGGCCUCUUCUGGCCUUUCGGCAUCGUGGUGCGUGCUUACCGCGGGUUUUGGUGGGUGCUGGGCUUCCGGCAGCCGCAGGAGACAGCCCUGGUCAGCCCCCCCGAGGUUUCCAGUCCUGGACGCCAGAGCCUCGCCGGCCGCAAGCGCCUGCGCAGGGUGACCCGCCUGCUGCUGUCCAUCCUGCCCCGCUGGGUGCAGGGCGGCCUGGGCUACCCGGUGUCCAGCAGCAUUGGGCGAUCCCUCUCCCCAGAAAUCAGAGUCUCUCCUACUAAACCUUGUGGAAAGGGCAGCAAGAGGAAGCAGGAUGAGUUGGACGACGAUGAGGAGGAAGAAGAGCAUCAGACCUGGGUGGAGGCACUCACUCAGGAGCUCGCUGAUGACGAUGCCCCUGAGGAGGAUCCUGACUAUGAGCCCAGUACUGUAGAGACGGAGAGUGAAGAGUACCGCUCGCACAACGACACAGAAAGUGACAUUGAGGUUCAGGAGAAAGGCGUGAUCAUUAUUGAAGAUGUGAAAACGGACGUUGAGCUCCCCACUCCAUCUGAAGUUACUUACCCUGCUGUUUAAUGUGUCAUAUUUACAAUGAUGUGCUUUUGUAUGUUUAUAUAUUAAUUCAAUAAAACAUUGUUGUCCUUUGCCUUGA